CGCAGCAUGGGGAAGCUCAAUGUGCUUUUGUUGCGAUAUUUGUCAAGAGAAGACUUUCGUGUUUUAACUGCGGUCGAAAUGGGUAUGAAAAACCAUGAGAUAGUUCCAGCAAGUUUAAUAGCCUCCAUAGCAAGUCUGAAACAUGGAGGAUGCAAUAAAAUUUUGCGUGAGCUGGUGAAGCACAAGCUCAUUGCAUAUGAUCGGACAAAAACUGUACAGGGUUAUCGAUUAAUUUAUGGUGGCUACGACUAUUUAGCAUUAAAGACCUUGUCUUCUCGUGAAGUUGUGACUUCAGUUGGAAACCAGAUGGGUGUUGGCAAAGAGUCAGAUAUCUAUAUUGUGGCACACGAAGAUGAGAAUCAAAUGGCACUAAAACUGCAUCGGCUGGGAAGAACAUCUUUUCGGAACCUUAAAAACAAGCGAGAUUAUCACAAGCACAGACACAAGAUGUCUUGGCUUUAUUUGUCCCGCUUGGCUGCAAUGAAAGAAUUUGCAUAUAUGAAGGCAUUGUAUGAUAGAGGAUUCCCAGUUCCCAAGCCACAUGACUACAACAGGCAUGCAGUGGUAAUGGAGCUAAUUAAUGGCUAUCCAUUAUGCCAAAUCCGUCAACUUGAAGAUCCGGCUUCUUUGUACAGCGAAUUAAUGGAUCUCAUUGUCAAACUUGCCAAUCAUGGUUUGAUCCAUGGUGACUUCAAUGAGUUUAACUUGAUGCUGGAUGAAGAGGAUCAUGUAACAAUGAUAGAUUUCCCACAAAUGGUGUCCACGUCUCAUGCAAAUGCCGAGUGGUAUUUCAACAGAGACGUUAAAUGCAUCAGAGAUUUCUUUCUACGGCGUUUUAACUAUGAGAGUGAACUAUAUCCCACUUUUAAGGAUAUCCAGAGGGAAUGUUCUCUUGAUGUGGAGAUUGCAGCUAGUGGCUUCACUAAAGAGAUGCAAGAAGAUGACGAGCUUCUACAGCCAACUGGGCCCAGUGAUGAUGAUGAUGAAAAUGAUGAUGAUGGUGAAACAUCCUGCAAGCAGCCAACUGAGGUGGAUGGAGAGCAAGCAAAGAGCUGCAGUAGUGCAACAGGUACUUCGGAGACUCCGUCCAGCCAAUCUUAUAAAGACUCUGUGCAAGAUACAGCAGAUGAGAAUGGGAGUCUUCAAGGCAUAGACAUGGCAGAAUUUACUAAAGCAGUGGCAGAGCUGGAAGGGCAUUCUGGUGGAAAUGAAACUACCUGUAUCCCAAGCAGCUCUUCACUUGAGGAUGAAAGACUGAUCGAUGCAAAUUCAGAGAGAGAAGAUGGUUGUCCAAAAGAUGGGGAUGAUCACGAUGGAGACUCAGAUGAAUGCCAAGAUGAAUACCCUGAGCUUGUUAAUCUGUCUGAAUCUAAUAAAGAAUUUAAACCAUUCAGAGAUGAAGAAAGCCUGGCCCAUGUAAAUGAACACAGGGCAAGAACUACAAGUGUGACUUCUAUCGGCACAGUUGGUAGCUGUUCUACAAUUCCACCGGAAAUGGUAAAGCAGAAGGUGAAGCGGCAGUUAACGAAGCAGCAAAAGGCCUCUGUCCGAAGACGGCUUCAAAAGGGAGAAGCAAACGUGAUCACCAAACAACGCAGGGACAAUAUGUUCAACAUUAAAUGCAGUGUAGAUGCAGCAAGCUUUUGGGGAUAACUGCAGGAAACUUCAGCAUGUUUGCAGCGAUGCUGUGCAAUAAAAUGUUAUUAUGA